AUGGUAACGGCACGCUUCCUGGAGAGAGCCAAACUGCUGCUCCUGGUCACACCUCCUUCACUUUCGCUCUAUAUUCUUGGUCCAGCACCCUCACUUUCGCUUUAUAUUAUUUUCCCAGCACCCUCACUUUCGCUCUAUAUUAUCUUCCCAGCACCCUCACUUUCGCUCUAUAUUCUCUUCCCAGCUCCUUUACUUUCGCUCUUUAUUCUCUUCCCAGCUCCUUCACUUUCGCUCUAUAUUCUUGGUCCAGCACCUUCACUUUCGCUCUAUACUCUCUUCCCAGCAUCCUCACUUUCGCUCUAUAUUCUCUUCCCAGCACCCUCACUUUCGCUCUAUAUUCUUGGUCCAGCACCCUCACUUUCGCUCUAUAUUCUUGGUCCAGCACCUUCACUUUCACUCUAUAUUCUUGGUCCAGCACCCUCACUUUCGCUCUAUAUUCUCUUCCCAGCACCCUCACUUUCGCUCUAUAUUCUCUUCCCAGCUCCUUUACUUUCGCUCUUUAUUCUCUUCCCAGCUCCUUCACUUUCGCUCUAUAUUCUUGGUCCAGCACCUUCACUUUCGCUCUAUAUUCUCUUCCCAGCACCCGCACUUUCGCUCUAUAUUCUUGGUCCAGCACCUUCACUUUCACUCUAUAUUCUUGGUCCAGCACCCUCACUUUCGCUCUAUAUUCUCUUCCCAGCACCCUCACUUUCGCUCUAUAUUCUUUCCCAGCUCCUUCACUUUCGCUCUUAUUCUCUUCCCAGCAUCCCUUCACUUUCGCUCUAUAUUCUUGGUCCAGCACCUCACUUUCGCUCUAUAUUCUCUUCCCUGCACCCGCACUUUCGCUCCUAUAUUCUUGGUCCAGCACCUUCACUUUCACUCUAUAUUCUUGCUCCUUCACUUUCACUCUAUAUUCUUGGUCCAGCACCCUCACUUUCGCUCUAUAUUCUUGGUCCCAGCACCCUCACUUUCGCUCUAUAUUCUCUGUCCCAGCACCCUCACUUUCGCUCUAUAUUCUUGUCCAGCACCCUCACUUUCGCUCUAUAUUCUUGGUCCAGCACCUCACUUUCGCUCUAUAUUCUUGGUCCAGCACCCUCACUUUCGCUCUAUAUUCUUGGUCCAGCACCCUCACUUUCGCUCUAUAUUAUCUUCCCAGCACCCUCACUUUCGCUCUAUAUUCUCUUCCCAGCACCCUCACUUUCGCUCUAUAUUAUCUUCCCAGCACCCUCACUUUCGCUCUAUAUUCUCUUCCCAGCAUCCUCACUUUCGCUCUAUAUACUUGGUCCAGCACCUUCACUUUCGCUCUAUAUUCUUGGUCCAGCACCCUCACUUUCGCUCUAUAUUCUCUUCCCAGCACCCUCACUUUCGCUCUAUAUUCUUGGUCCAGCACCCUCACUUUCGCUCUAUAUUCUUGGUCCAGCACCCUCACUUUCGCUCUAUAUUCUUGGUCCAGCACCCUCACUUUCGCUCUAUAUUCUUGGUCCAGCACCCUCACUUUCGCUCUAUAUUCUUGGUCCAGCACCUUCACUUUCGCUCUAUAUUCUUGGUCCAGCACCCUCACUUUCGCUCUAUAUUCUCUUCCCAGCACCCUCACUUUCGCUCUAUAUUCUUGGUCCAGCACCCUCACUUUCGCUCUAUAUUCUUGGUCCAGCACCCUCACUUUCGCUCUAUAUUCUUGGUCCAGCACCCUCACUUUCGCUCUAUAUUCUUGGUCCAGCACCCUCACUUUCGCUCUAUAUUCUUGGUCCAGCACUCUCACUUUCGCUCUAUAUUCUCUUCCCAGCACCCUCACUUUCGCUCUAUAUUCUCUUCCCAGCACCCUCACUUUCGCUCUAUAUUCUCUUCCCAGCACCCUCACUUUCGCUCUAUAUUCUUGGUCCAGCACCCUUACUUUCGCUUUAUAUUCCCAUCCAAGCACCCUCACUUUCGCGCUAUAUUCUCUUCCCAGCACCCUCACUUUCGCUCUAUAUUCUCUUCCCA